AGACUGGGGGAAUGACGGUCAGCGGGUAAUACCGGUCACCCUGGUAUCUAAUAAACUAUGGUAUCUAAAAUUAUGCUAACCACACGAAUACAUUAGGAAUGAUAACAAUUCCUUAUUCUUAUCACGAAGAUAUUAUCAUCAAACGUUUUCACGUUCAAAUGUGACUUUAAUUUUUUUGUUAGUUGCUGAUGUAAAAAUUUGUUUUUUUCGAACAUCAAGUAAGAUGCCUCGUACAUACAAAAGAAAGACUACUAAAGGAAAUUGGGUGCCAGAAACUCUUGUAGAAGCAGUGACUUCAAUCAGGACUAAUAUGAUGAGUAUCCGAAAAGCUGCCAAAACUUAUAAUAUUCCCUUUAGUACUUUGCAAGAUAGACUAAAAACCAAUAACUUUAAACCAGCUGCAUUAGGACGCCCAUCUAUUUUCACAUCACAACAAGAGUCAGAAAUGGCUAAACAUAUAAUAAAUUUACCAAAUUUGUUUUAUGGGCUGACACCACUUCAAUUAAGAACUGUUGCAUUUAAUGUAGUAAAUUUCGUUAAUAUAAAUUGUUAA